ACUUUGUGGCAAGAAUGAGUGAGUGUGAGUGCGCCAGCUCAAGUGUGAGGGACACAAAAAGAGAAAGAUGGAUCAUCAUCUUUUGAGUCUUGACUCUCGAGUCUUAUUCUUAAAGAGUGUUAUUUCUUCUUCCUUCAAUUUCAACGCUCAGAAAUCAGAAUCGAACCAACGCGUUUAGAAUCCCAGCACGCCAAAAUUUACCCCCCGUUUUAAACAAGCGUGUAGUUUCUUAUGCUCACAAGUUAAGAAUAAACAAGUGAUUCGUUCUUCUUUAGAUUUUUGAAUUGGGAAUGCGAUUUCUCAGAUUCUAAUUGCUGUUUCUCCAUUCGCGAUAAGUUACUAUGCCACCUGGUUUUGAGUACAACAUCGAUGAUCUGUACCAGGAAGCUAAGAGAAGAUGGCUGAAGCCGGUGGAAGUGCUAUACAUUUUGCGGAAUCAUGACCAGUGCAAGUUCACAAAUAUUCCCCCUCAAAAGCCAACAAGUGGAUCCUUGUUUCUAUUUAAUAGAAGAAUCAUGCGUUUCUUCCGGAAAGACGGUUAUAAUUGGCGGAAGAAAAGGGAUGGAAGAACUGUGGGAGAAGCACAUGAACGGCUUAAGAUUGGAAACGUUGAAAUACUAAAUUGUUACUAUGCACAUGGAGAGGAGAACCGUAGUUUCCAGAGGAGGAGCUACUGGAUACUGGAUCCGGCAUAUGAGCAUAUUGUUCUUGUGCAUUACAGAGAAACAAAGGAGGGGAACUCAGGUUCUGGACCUAUCCCACCAUUGUCUGGAGGCUCCUCUCCUGAAUUUAGUCAGAAUCGAAGCUCACGUACUACGCUUGACCCAGGGACAAUAUCCGUGUUUGGUGAUUCAUGUGAACCUUCUCAGAAUUUCUCCAGUCCUGAGUCUAUGGAAGUUACCUCUAAUAUCAUCAGAAACAAUGGAAUGGAUCAGUUAGAUGAAACAGAUGCAGUCUUGCGCCAAUUGAAGCAACAGUUAAGUUUGGAAAAGGAGAACUGUGAAGAAAUUUCUCCCACAUACAAUGAGCCUGAGAUUUUACAUGAUUUGAACCCUCAGCAUGAUGAAAGAGUGAUGUACAAGCAUAAAUCUGCAGCUUUCACUGUGCCAAAUGAUUAUGGACAAGCCGCUUAUGAAUGCAAUGGAAGACAAGGUGACAAUGGUAAAAAUUAUAAUCAACUAUUAAACUGCGAUCACCCAGAUGCAAAUGAAAAUGCCUUAUCUUGGACAGAGGUGCUCGAGUCGUGUAAGCCUGCAAGCUUGACCAAUUUACCAGAGCAACAUGCAUAUGAGGCAUAUGGAAAUGAUAGCUCCCUACAUUCUUCACGAGGUGUACUGAUUGACAGUCAACAAAACAGUCGGUGGAUAAACUCCAACAGUAUUAAUGCUGAAAACUCUGUCUUCUCUUGUCCUCAAGAUGGUGGAACCAAAUUUCCUCUGUAUUCACCGGUUGAAGCUGAAAGUUCUGACUAUGCGACAUUGUUUCAUCAAAUCCAAAUUCCACCACCUCUGGAUGCAGAUUCAUGCCUGACUAUUUCACAGAAACAAAAAUUCACAAUUAGGAGAAUCUUCCCAGAGUGGUGUUAUGCCACAGAGACUUCAAAGGUGGUCAUUAUUGGGUCAUUUCUCUGUCUUCCCUCAAAUUCUACCUGGGCUUGUAUGUUUGGUGAUAUUGAAGUGCCUGCUGAGAUAAUUCAGGAUGGUGUUAUUUGUUGUGAAGCUCCCCCCCACCUUCCUGGAAAGGUUACUCUGUGCGUUACUUCUGGAAAUCGGGAGUCCUGCAGUGAAUUUCGAGAGUUUGAGUUUCGCAAUAAGACUAAUAAUUGCACUCGUUGUAACUCAAUGGAAACAGAAACUGCUAGAAGCCAAGACGAGCUGUUAUUACUUGUUACAUUUGCACAGAUGCUCCUUUCUCCUCCAACUAAAAAGAAUGACAACAUGGAACCUGUAUAUCAUCUUCCAGUGGAACAGAAAGCAGAUGAUGAUUCAUGGAGCCAUGUGAUAGAGGCUCUUCUAGUAGGCAGUGGAACUUCAUCAGGUACUAUUGAUUGGCUUCUUGAAGAGCUGCUGAAGGAUAGGCUACAGCUGUGGCUUUCUGGCAAAUCCUGGGAAAUAGAUGAAGCAACCGGCUGCCCUUUGUCCAAGAAAGAGCAGGGGAUUAUACACAUGGUUGCUGGAUUGGGUUAUGAGUGGGCCUUGAUCCCUAUUCUCAGUUGUGGUGUGAAUAUAAAUUUUCGUGACAUCAGGGGGUGGACUGCCCUUCAUUGGGCUGCACGGUUUGGAAGGGAAAAAAUGGUUGCUUCACUUAUUGCUGCUGGUGCAUAUGCUGGAGCAGUAACUGAUCCAACAUCUGCAGACCCAGAUGGGAAAACUGCUGCAGCUAUUGCUGCCAGCAAUGGCCACAAGGGACUGGCCGGUUAUCUUUCAGAAGUAGCUCUGACUAGCCAUCUUUCAUCUCUCACCUUUGGGGUUUCACUGGCUGCUGUCAGAAAUGCUGCUCUCGCUGCUGCUCGGAUACAGGCUGCAUUUCGUGCUCAUUCUUUCAAAAAACGGAGGGAGAGGGAAGCUGCUGCAGCAGCCGCUGCCGCUGCUGCUGGUCUAGAUGGGUAUGAUAUCGAUGCUGAUGGCAUUGGUAACAUUCUAGAGCUUUCUCCCAGGUUAAGUCAUAGCUUUGGGAGGCUUCGUGAUUACAAUGCAGCUGCUUUAUCAAUUCAGAAGAAAUAUCGAGGUUGGAAAGGUCGCAAAGAUUUCUUAGCACUGCGCCAAAAAGUAGUGAAGAUACAGGCUCAUGUGAGGGGUUACCAGGUUCGGAAGCAAUACAAGAUAAUAGUAUGGGCAGUUGGAGUCUUGGAGAAGGUAGUGCUACGAUGGCGGAGAAAAGGAGCUGGUCUACGAGGUUACCGACAAGACUCAAUUGAUGAAAAUGACGAUGAUGAUUUUCUCAAGGUGUUCAGGAAGCAGAAAGUGCAUGUAGCAAUUGAAAAAGCUUUUUCACGGGUGCUGUCCAUGGUACACUCUAGUGGUGCCCGUCAACAAUAUCGCCGCAUGCUUGAGAUGUAUCGUGAAGCUAAGGCUGAACUUGGUAGCAUGAAUGAUGAAGCGCCAUUAGCGACGUCUGUAGGGGACACAUCAAAUAUAGAUGAUGAUGAUGAACUCUUUCAAAUUCCUGGGGGCUGGGAGACACUCUAGCAGCCCUCCUAAUUCUUGUUCUCUUUUGGUGGUUCAGUUUCUGGCUUCACCGUUUGUAGGUGUCUUGUGUAUUUAAUGGUGUAGAACAAGCGUGAGAUCUUAGCCUGUAAAUAAAUCUAGGUUGUACAGUGGUAAAGUUGAUAAUGUUUGGAACUUUAUAGGUAUAAAAUGGUCUUGAAUUAAGGUGGAAUAGGGUUCUAAUUUCUGUUGAGAAGUGUUACUUGGCAACUUAGAUAUGCUUUCAUUUGUAGGCAAGAAAGUCCUCCAAUGUUGGAUCAUGGAAUGGUUUGCUUUGAAGGACUCGAGGUUUUUUUAUUUAAAUAAAUUAAUAGGAAAUUACCUUAAUUCCUUAAAUGAA